UGGGGUUACCGCAAUAGGCGAUCUUUGACUGUGGGCGUCGCUGAAGGACAGGAAGUAGCUUCUGCUGAUAUUUGCUCAUCUCUUUUCUUUGAAGAAGAAGCAGCAAGCGGUUUAUUUCAUUAUGAGUGCUGUUGUACCCAACCAUCGAAGGACUAAGCCAGGAGGCAUCAAGCCUGGAGCGGCAGCCACUGGUGUGACCGGACCGACGUCUCAGAUUCCCGGUCUGUCCCAGACUGCUGACGAAAGCACAGCAGUGGAGAGGGUCAGCGGCCGGCGAGUUGGAAUCGUCGAGUCCGACUCGGACUACGUCAAGCUGGCUAAGCAAGGCGGACAUAAAGGCCUGUUGAGCCAUGACAACGACAACGAUGAGGAUGACAAGCCCAAGGUAGCCUACAAUCCCAACAACUGGUUUUCAGGUGAUGACUCCAACAGCAGCAGCAAUGCAACAUCUCCCAACGGCCAGGCCAAGGGCGGCAAGCAGCCGUUGCUUGCACCGUUUGGCACUGAUAACAGUUCAACCUGGGAAAGAGACCCCGAUAUAGUUACUCAUGAUAAAGAUAAGAUGUCUCCUGAUGGUACCGCAGCUCAGCUGGAGGGGCUGUCUGUGAGCAACAAGUACAAGAGAACGUCUCACGUUAAGCAAAUGCCCCCGGUCAGCAUGACCAAGCUGCUGAGUCACGGCUACGUGGAGGACAAAAAGAAGUCUCCCAAUGAUGACGAUGCCUCAAGCGUGACCUCGGAGCAAACUAGCACCGUUGCAACGGAGGAUGUGGAUGACCUUGAUUAGUGUGUCGAGCAGCUGUUCCCACAUUCACUGGCUCUUCUUCUUCAUCCACUGACUGUUUGUGCUCAUGUUUAUGCAUUGGGAUGAGCCCUUCCUUUGGUUUGCUUUCGUUUGUAUAAAGCAUUUAAUUGAGUAGAUGUGAUGAUGAUGUUUUGUUUUUGUAAUGCAAUUCCUCAACUUGGAAAGUAACUCGGGAGCCGUGUCCAAAACUAAUCUCGUCAAAUGUUUCUGUGCUUUUGACCUGCUCAGUUUGCCGGCCUCACUGUAUGAGGAUUGAGCAAGUCGGUUCUUGAUGUGUUGUGCUAAUUUAUUUGCGAUAAAGUGAAGUCAAAAUAUGUCUAUUUGAGCUUCCGAUGCGAGCUGAUCGCAAAGCCACUGCUACAAAGUGAUGUUUAGAUUCCAGUUCUGCAAAAUAUUAGUUUAAUGCUAUAUUCACCGGGUCUCUCUCUCAUGUUCUGUCUGUAAGCGGAAUAAAAAUAACUCAAAUUGCAGUUCUUCAUGUGCCUGUGCCAAAUUCUCCAUGGCGACAUUCUGUUACUUGCUUCCUGAUAUUUGGCAAACCAAAAAGUUAAUCAUGCAUUGGACAUCUCUAUCUCAUGACAAACCUAACAUCGCACCACGCUAAGAAACUGGAAAGAAGCCAACUGUACAAAUACUUAGCUGGCCCCGAAACAUUCUUGGUUUUCUCACUUUUAGUGAUGGGAAAAUGAGGCUUCAAAUGUGCUUCAUGAACCAGUUGUUGUAUUUCUUGACUCCACUAGAUGGUGCUGUUGGUUUAAAGUCUGUACUUUCAGCGCCACCUAAAUGAGUCAAAAAAUGCAACUGGUUCAUGAAGCAAAUUUGAAGCUUCAUCACUAUCAUCAAUGUAUGAACCUGACAGUGAUGCGAAAAUUAAAAUCCUACCAAGACAAAAAGGGGGGCGGGGUACUUUUUGAAGGCAGUCUUGAACACAAAUGCCAUUUAUUGAAAGUGUAAUAUUAUUAAUAGCUGCAUCUGUAUGACGUGUUGCCGCUGUUCAUGUGUAUCGCCAGAUGAACUCCUAACAAGUUGGUGCUAACCAAAGUGGGUAGCUUGUAAGUUUAUCCAUCAGUGGGCUUUGAUCAGCCAACGCUGGCCAAAGGAAAGGGAAGGAGGCGUUGCUUAAAAAACACACACUCAACUAGAUGUAAUUUCUCACACAUUUUAUUUCAAUAAAUGAGCAUGUGCAUGUUA